UAUCUACAUGUAGUGAUGUUAAGAGGCGUGGUGAAACAACAGAGGAACGACUUGAGGGACAAAGCUGGAACCUUUUCAGAGAUGAAUUUAUACACGAGCUUUAGUAACCUUAUGGAGGCUUACGUAUAUGAGGAGAGAACUCGUCCGGAGUCCCAGUGGAGACGGGAUAAUACUGAUGGGCCUCAUGCACCUGUCUCCAACAUCGUGGUAAACCCUCGCUCAGAAUCUGUUGACUCUGGAGUGGAGUCAGCCACCUGUGAAACACCAAAUCCUGCCACAGCUGGUUCUGUGUCAACAGACAACACUGAAAUGGAUUCAUUCCUCCGACAAAGUGACAAUUUCGCUCCUGCUUCAACGCCUCAGCCACCUGUUUUCUUGUCUACUUUGUCUUCCUCGUCGUCUUCCUCUCCAAACCUCCGUCUCAGCAGAGCAGAAGAGGCCCCCACAACCUUGAAUCUGAAAGGAGAACCAGAACUACAAAGGACUGACUCCAAGAGGUGGAAGCAAGUCUAUGAGGUGCUUAGCCAACAGCCUAAAGCGUCUUCCCUACCCAGACAACACACAUCUGAGUUAAAAAGGUGUAUAAGGUCAGCGAGUUUUAAUUUGAGGAGGAGGUUCGACCCACUUGUCCCCAACGGGCAAAUGUCAGAAAUGGAGAGAAAACCAUUUUUAGUAGGCUCUGACAAGCAGAUCUCACAGAGCUCUGUUGUUGAGGGAAAGGAACUCAGUCCUGGUCUGUGCUACUUGGAAUGGGUCUGCCAAAAGAUGGAGCUGUAUGCCAAACAUCAAAUGCAAAACCAAGCGAUGCAGCCACAGACAGAUACUCCCCAGAAACACAAAGAGCAAAAGCAUGAUGCAGCAGAUGCUCAGGCGGACCACCCCAGGCUUGAAAAUGCGCAGGAAAUUCCCAGUGAACCUCAGCAGCAAAAACCUCACCAUUUCCGACAGAGAUCAGCCUCGGACUCAACUUUUUCCAAGAUGCAUUUAAAAAAGUUUAACUUAAGCUCCAGAGUGAAGCGACAGAGUACGAGUGAUCUACGAGAGAUAGAGGAGGAAGACGUUUUGCCGAUGGUGAGAUGUUUGCAUAAGCAGCUACUGAAGACAGUGCAGGAAUCCGUAAAAGAAGAAUCAAGCAAGAAAAAUAUAAUCCAGAGGCUAAAACUUGGGUCUUUGAGAAGAGUGGCGUCUGCUGUAUCAGACAGUAGGAGCACACAGUCGCAGUCUUCAGAGAAAAUCACAACCCGCCGACGGCUGAGCCAACUGUUCAGGAGGACAAGGAAAGUGUCGCCUGAUUGAAUUAACAGUGUCAGUUUCCAUUAGCUGAUAUUUUGUUUUUCUUGCAGAGAAAACAGCCUCAGCAUCGAGGUGCUCUGUAAAUGACUUCCUAAUCUUUCAUUAUUCAGCAAAAUAAUGUGUUUUGUAUAUUAGGCAUUUUUGUUUGCUCAUAGAUCACGUUGAAUGCAUUACCUUUUAAAUUGUUAUUUUCAAAAUAUAAAAACUGUAAAUAACUGUUGUGCAGUUAUUUUUGUACAUUUACAGCUGUGGGAUUUAUAGAAUAAUGUUCAUUAACACUACUGUUUAUUCUGUGAAAUAAAAAUAUCU